AUCAAAGGCAGAGCUCUCAGAGCUGGGAAGGAGGCUCUAGAUGGCGGCUGUGCCUUAGAGAGAGCGCGCGCUGCUCCCUGCCUUCGCCUCACUUUACGCAACUUUCCCCAACUUUCGGGCCGCCUCAGGGGGCCCCCGCAGCCCCCUGCCUCUCCUAGAGACCGACGGGGGUCGAUUCGAACCCCUUUUAGGGGGAAAAGCAGCUUUUUGGGGCUUUCUUUUCGUGCCUUGUUGGAAAGAAGCAGCCGUACUGAGAGCCCAGGUCGUUGUUUUUUCCAGCUUAGAAGCCAUGGCGCACCUCCAUUUUUGUGCGCUCUCCUAAUGAGGUUUUUUUCCUUCCGCACCCGCUUCGGGAUUAAUUGUGGCUUUAUUUUUUUUGACCAGUUAACAGAUUGGAGGGUUGUUUUAUUUAUUUUUCGUUUUUUCACGGAGAAUUUUGUUUUUAUUUUUAAUUGUUUGCGAUCUGAUCUAUUUCUACUUACUAGAUAGGACUCUUGCUUUGGACCUACUACAUGGAUCAGUAAAUACCUGGGCACAGGACUUCAAAGCAAACACAGAUUUCCCCUCCCCCUUAAUAUUUAAGAAUUAAAAGAUGAUGAGAAAUAAGGACAAAAGCCAAGAGGAGGACAGUUCGCCACACAGCAAUGCAUCGAGUAAUUCAGCAUCUGAAGAAGCCUCGGGUUCCGACUCAGGCAGCCAGUCGGAGAGCGAGCAGGGCAGCGACCCAGGAAGUGGGCAUGGCAGCGAGUCGAACAGCAGCUCCGAGUCUUCGGAGAGUCCGUCGGAAUCUGAGAGUGAAUCGGCCGGGUCCAAGUCCCAGCCGGUCCUUCCCGAAGCCAAAGAGAAGCCAGCCUCCAAGAAGGAGCGGAUAGCCGACGUGAAGAAGAUGUGGGAAGAAUAUCCUGAUGUUUAUGGGGUUAGGCGGUCAAACCGAAGCAGACAAGAACCAUCACGAUUUAAUAUUAAGGAGGAGGCCAGUAGCGGGUCUGAGAGUGGGAGCCCAAAACGAAGAGGCCAGAGGCAGCUGAAAAAACAAGAAAAGUGGAAGCGCGAGCCCUCAGAAGAUGAACAGGAGCCAGGCAGCGGUGCAGAGAGUGAGCCAGAGCAGAACACAGGGAGAGCCCGGAGGCCUGUCCCCAGAAGAACAGUGCCCAAACCUCGUGUUAAAAAGCAACCCAAAGCUCAGCGUGGAAAGAAAAAAAAGCAAGAGUCUUCUGACGACGAUGAUGAAGACGAUGAAACUCCUAAAAGGCAGACUCGUCGCCGAGCGGCUAAAAACGUGAGCUACAAAGAGGAUGACGACUUUGAGACCGACUCCGACGACCUCAUUGAGAUGUCCGGCGAAGGCGUUGAUGACCAGCAGGACAGUAGUGAGACCAUUGAGAAGGUCCUAGACUCCCGGCUGGGGAAGAAAGGAGCCACGGGAGCGUCUACUACUGUGUAUGCGGUUGAAGCUAACGGAGACCCAAGCGGUGACUUUGACCCGGAGAGGGAUGACGGCGAAGUCCAGUACCUCAUCAAGUGGAAGGGUUGGUCUUACAUCCACAGCACGUGGGAGAGCGAGGAGUCCUUGCAGCAACAGAAAGUGAAGGGCCUGAAAAAACUCGAGAACUUCAAGAAGAAAGAGGAUGAAAUCAAGCAAUGGCUGGGGAAAGUUUCUCCUGAAGAUGUGGAAUACUUCAACUGCCAACAAGAACUGGCCUCAGAGCUGAACAAACAGUAUCAGAUAGUAGAAAGAGUGAUAGCUAUGAAGACAAGCAAGUCUACACUGGGUCAGACCGAUUUUCCAGCUCACAGUCGGAAGCCGGCACCUUCGAAUGAACCCGAAUAUCUAUGCAAAUGGAUGGGCCUGCCCUACUCAGAGUGCAGCUGGGAAGACGAAGCCCUGAUCGGAAAGAAAUUCCAGGGCUGCAUCGACAGCUUCCACAGCCGGAACAACUCCAAAACCAUCCCGACGAGAGAGUGCAAGGCCCUGAAGCAGAGACCACGAUUUGUGGCCUUAAAGAAACAGCCGGCAUAUUUAGGAGGGGAGAAUCUGGAGCUCCGGGACUAUCAGCUAGAAGGUCUCAACUGGCUCGCUCAUUCCUGGUGCAAAAGCAACAGUGUUAUCCUUGCUGAUGAAAUGGGCCUAGGAAAGACCAUCCAGACCAUAUCAUUCCUCUCCUACCUGUUCCACCAACACCAGCUGUAUGGCCCCUUUCUUAUAGUCGUCCCUUUAUCCACCCUCACCUCAUGGCAGAGGGAGUUUGAAAUCUGGGCACCAGAGAUUAACGUAGUGGUUUACAUAGGUGACCUGAUGAGCAGAAAUACGAUACGGGAAUAUGAAUGGAUUCAUUCUCAGACCAAAAGGCUCAAAUUCAAUGCACUUAUAACAACAUACGAGAUCCUCUUAAAAGAUAAGACUGUGCUGGGCAGUAUUAACUGGGCCUUCCUGGGAGUGGAUGAAGCCCACCGGUUGAAGAAUGAUGACUCUUUAUUGUAUAAAACUCUGAUUGAUUUCAAGUCCAACCAUAGGCUCCUGAUUACGGGGACCCCUCUUCAGAAUUCCCUCAAAGAGCUCUGGUCCUUGCUGCACUUUAUUAUGCCGGAGAAGUUUGAGUUCUGGGAAGAUUUCGAGGAGGACCAUGGGAAAGGGCGUGAGAACGGCUACCAGAGCCUCCAUAAGGUUCUGGAGCCUUUCCUCCUGCGGAGGGUCAAAAAGGACGUGGAGAAGUCCCUUCCCGCCAAAGUGGAGCAGAUCCUCCGGGUGGAGAUGUCGGCCCUUCAGAAACAGUAUUACAAGUGGAUCCUGACCAGGAAUUACAAGGCUCUCGCCAAAGGCACGAGAGGCAGUACAUCUGGCUUCCUGAAUAUCGUGAUGGAACUGAAAAAGUGCUGCAACCACUGCUACCUGAUUAAGCCGCCUGAGGAAAACGAAAGGGAGAAUGGACAGGAGAUCCUUCUGUCCCUGAUCAGGAGCAGCGGGAAGCUGAUCCUGUUAGAUAAGCUGCUGACCAGACUGCGGGAAAGGGGGAACCGGGUCCUCAUCUUCUCCCAGAUGGUGCGGAUGCUGGACAUCCUGGCGGAGUACCUGACCAUCAAGCACUACCCUUUCCAGCGUCUGGAUGGUUCCAUCAAGGGAGAGAUCCGAAAGCAGGCGCUGGACCACUUCAAUGCCGAUGGUUCUGAGGACUUCUGUUUCCUGCUCUCCACAAGGGCUGGUGGCCUGGGAAUCAACUUGGCUUCCGCGGACACGGUGGUCAUCUUCGACUCCGACUGGAACCCCCAGAACGACUUGCAAGCCCAGGCCCGCGCCCAUAGGAUUGGGCAGAAGAAGCAGGUAAAUAUUUACCGCUUGGUUACCAAGGGGACCGUGGAGGAAGAGAUCAUAGAGCGGGCCAAAAAGAAGAUGGUACUGGACCACCUGGUGAUCCAGCGCAUGGACACCACUGGCCGGACGGUCCUGGAAAACAACUCGGGGCGGUCCAAUUCAAAUCCUUUUAAUAAAGAAGAGCUGACGGCUAUUUUGAAAUUUGGAGCAGAGGAUCUUUUCAAAGAACUGGAAGGCGAGGAGUCAGAGCCUCAGGAAAUGGAUAUCGAUGAAAUUUUGCGCUUGGCUGAAACCAGAGAGAACGAAGUGUCAACAAGUGCGACCGAUGAGCUUCUGUCACAAUUUAAGGUUGCCAAUUUCGCCACCAUGGAAGACGAGGAAGAGCUGGAAGAGCGCCCCCACAGGGACUGGGAUGAGAUCAUUCCCGAGGACCAAAGGAAGCGCGUGGAGGAGGAGGAGCGGCAGAAGGAGCUGGAAGAAAUUUACAUGCUGCCUCGCAUUCGGAGUUCCACGAAGAAGGCUCAGACAAAUGACAGCGACUCCGACACCGAGUCCAAGAGGCAGGCCCAGAGGUCCUCCGCCUCCGAGAGCGAGACAGAUGACUCCGACGACGACAAGAAGCCGAAGCGCCGGGGCCGCCCCCGGAGCGUGCGGAAGGACCUGGUGGAGGGGUUCACGGAUGCGGAGAUCCGCAGGUUCAUCAAGGCGUAUAAGAAGUUUGGUCUCCCUCUUGAACGGCUCGAGUGCAUAGCGCGCGACGCGGAGCUGGUGGAUAAGUCGGUGGCGGAUCUGAAGCGCCUGGGCGAGCUGAUUCACAACAGCUGUGUGUCCGCCAUGCAGGAGUAUGAGGAGCAGCUCAAAGAAAACGCCAGCGAGGGGAAAGGACCAGGAAAAAAGAGAGGCCCAACAAUCAAGAUCUCAGGGGUGCAGGUGAAUGUGAAAUCCAUUAUCCAACACGAAGAGGAGUUUGAGAUGCUGCAUAAAUCCAUCCCUGUGGACCCCGAAGAAAAAAAAAAGUACUGCUUAACCUGCCGUGUCAAAGCUGCGCAUUUCGAUGUGGAGUGGGGAGUGGAGGAUGAUUCUCGCCUCCUGCUGGGGAUUUACGAGCACGGCUAUGGAAACUGGGAGCUCAUUAAAACGGAUCCGGAGCUGAAGUUAACUGACAAAAUCCUGCCCACGGAGACGGACAAGAAGCCUCAGGGGAAGCAGCUGCAGACCCGCGCCGACUACCUGCUGAAGCUGCUCAGGAAGAGCCUGGAGAAGAAGGGGGCCGUGGCGGGCGGGGAAGAGGCCAAGUUAAAGAAGCGGAAGCCGCGCGUCAAGAAGGAGAACAAAGCGCCCAGGCUGAAAGACGAGCGUGGGCUCGACUUCUCGUCCCCCAGACACUCCGACAACCCCUCCGAGGAGGGGGAGGUGAAGGAUGAUGGCUUAGAAAAAAGUCCGAUGAAAAAGAAACAGAAGAAGAAGGAGAACAAGGAAAACAAGGAGAAACAGAUGGGUUCUAGGAAAGACAAAGACGGGGACAAGGAAAGGAAGAAGUCGAAAGACAAGAAGGAGAAGCCUAAAAGUGGUGAUGCCAAAUCUUCGAAUAAAGCCAAGCGAUCUCAGGGUCCCGUGCACAUCACGGCAGGAAGUGAGCCUGUCCCCAUUGGCGAGGACGAGGACGAUGAUCUGGACCAGGAGACGUUCAGCAUUUGUAAGGAGAGGAUGAGGCCCGUGAAGAAGGCGCUGAAGCAGCUGGACAAGCCCGACAAGGGGCUCAGCGUGCAGGAGCAGCUGGAGCACACGCGGAACUGCCUGCUGAAAAUCGGAGACCGCAUCGCCGAGUGCCUUAAAGCCUACUCCGACCAGGAGCACAUCAAGCUGUGGAGGAGGAACCUAUGGAUUUUCGUUUCCAAGUUUACAGAAUUUGAUGCUCGGAAGUUGCACAAGUUGUACAAGAUGGCGCAUAAGAAAAGGUCGCAAGAAGAGGAGGAGCAAAAGAAGAAAGAUGAUGUGAUGGGUGGUAAGAAGCCAUUUCGACCAGAGGCCUCGGGCUCAAGCCGGGACUCUCUGCUGUCCCAGCCCCACACCCCGCACAGCCUUCACCCUCAGAAGUCUCACAUGCCCUCCUCCCACGGCCCGCAGACGCACGGGCACCCGCGAGACAGCUACAGCCACCCCAACAAGAGACACUUCAGUAACGCAGAGCGAGGAGACUGGCAGCGGGAAAGGAAGUUCACCUACGGCGGUGGCAACAGCAACCCGCCCUGGGGCAGCGACAGGCACCACCAGUACGAGCAGCACUGGUACAAGGACCACCACUACGGGGACCGGCGGCACGUGGACAGCCACCGUUCCGGCUACCGACCCAACAACCUGUCCAGAAAGAGGCCCUACGACCAGUACAGCGACCGCGACCACCGGGGACACAGGGACUAUUACGACAGGCACCACCACGACUCCAAGCGGAGGCGGUCCGAUGAGUUCAGGCCUCAGAACUACCACCAGCAGGAUUUCCGCCGGAUGUCCGAUCACCGCCCCCCGAUGGGCUACCACGGCCAGGGACCCUCAGACCAUUACCGCUCUUUCCACACAGACAAAUUGGGGGACUACAAACAGCCCCUGCCCCCGCUGCACCCCGCCGUCUCGGAUCCUCGCUCGCCCCCUUCUCAGAAAUCGCCUCACGACUCCAAGUCCCCCCUGGAUCACAGGUCUCCUCUGGAGCGAUCCCUAGAACAGAAAAACAACCCAGAUUAUAACUGGAAUGUUCGGAAAACAUAGAGGACAGCCCGGAAGGAAGGGGAGCAAGAGUCAUCCCGCACCCGGAGGAUUGUGGUCUGAUCCAGCGGGAGCCGGUUACCUAGACCAGUAAGUGGAGAUUCUGGACACGCUGCUGCCGCCAGCUCGCCGGCUGAGGGGCGCCUCCGGGAGUGGGGGCUCGGUCUGGUCGCCCCUCCUGCUUGAGGCACCCCACCCGUUCCAGCCUGCUCUGGCCUCCCCCCGAGGGGUGCUCGGAGGAAGAGUGACUUCUGUGUACCCCCAGGGAGGGAGGAAGGGGUCUUAGGCGCGAUUGUUUCAUUGUCGGGGUCGCUGCCCAGGCCUUGGCACGGGGUCAGGGGAGGAAGGUGCGUGAGGGCCGCCAGGCCUGCUGGACCGUGCGUGUGCGGGUCACGGUGACAGACGAUGCUGCUGAUGGGAGUGGGGCCGGGAGUCGAGCGGGUGGGGUCUCGCAUCACAGGACUUGAAGGGGGGAGCAGGUGCACCCCGUGAAUGUGUUCUGGGGACCGGUGAGACCCUGGGCCUCUUUAUGUGACACCUGCACACGUUGCAGGGGGUGGGGGGACAGAGAGGGGAGCAGCUCCCCGUGGCCCCUUCCCCACAAACACUAAUUUUCCCACGCUGUCUGUACAUUUCAAAGCUGUGGCCUCCGGGCCGGCUGGGCCCGGGGGCGAGGUCGGCGCGGCUGCCCUGAGGGCCGGGGCCGGGGAA